AUGUUUAAUAACAAAGAUACAAUUAACUUAUCAUGUCUCCAUAAUACCAUUCAAUCAUGGGCAGACGAUGAUCAAUCAGGUUUUCUAACUCAUUUUGAUAAGGAGAAGGAUACAUUUAUCACUUAUACAAGAUGUCAAUUUAAAGAGAAAUACCAAAGAUUUAGAGAUAUAUUUCGAAAGGAAAAGUUAGAUUAUAUUGUAUUGGUUAUGGAUCAAAAUAUUGAUAGUUUUGCAAUUGUCAUUUCACUAUUAUCAAUUGGAUGUACAGUUUCACUUACAGCUGAAGAUCCAAUAGAUGAUCUUCAAGAUUUGGUUGAUAAAGUUAAACCAAUUCAUAUUUUAGUACCAUCACAAGUCAUAUGGAAUGGUCCAUUUAGUGAAAAUAUUUUAAUGAAGAAUCCAGAAUUUACAAUUCUAAAAACAAGUUAUAAUGAAAAUAGAGUUAAAUCUGAAGGUAUUAUGGAAUCAACAUUUGCUUUACAAACUACUGGAUCAACUUAUAUUUAUUCAAAGAUUGUAUUUAGAAAAGUAAUUGGUUGUAUAACAGAAGUAUAUGGAAUUAUGGAAAUUUUAAAUUGUUCCUCUACUGAUGUCUGUUAUAUCAAUACUGGAUUAGCUCAUGGAUAUGGAUUCAUUGUUUCACUUGUUUCACUAUUAUCUGGAUCACAUUUGGUAUUAUUAAGAUAUAAUGAAAUUAAGUUUCCAAUUCAAGCACCUUCACCAACUAUUCUAUUUGGUCUAAAUGGUACAUAUGAAUGGCUAAGUGUAAAUCAACCAAAGAACUUUAAUUUUAAAUCUAUUAGACAUGCCUUUGGAUGUUGUGCUGUUUUACCAAAAAAACUAAGUGAGAUAGUUUAUGAAAAGUAUGGUUUCCAUGUUGGUCAGUUCUAUGGCACAACAGAAAUGGGUGGAUGUUCUUUCGAUAUUAGACAAGGAGUUGAAAAAUACCCAUCCACUCGUAUUUUUGUAUUACCUCAUUACAAAUGGAAAUUGGUACCUCAUCCAAUAGGUGGUAGUGAAUUGUGGGUUAAAUCAGAUGUAUCGGUUGGUCUUGGAUAUAUGUUAAAAGAUCCAAAUCUUCCAAUUUCAAAAAUAACUGAUGAUGAAGGAUGGUAUCAUACAGGUGACAGAGUAGAGUUAAUAGAUGAUAUGGACGAACCAGGUAAAUUAAUUUUAAGUUAUGUUUCAAGAUUUAAAAUUGGAAAGACAUCAAAAGGUGAUUUUGAUUUAAACAAAUUGGAAGAACAAAUUCUUGGAUCUCUUGGUUUAGAUAUUUUGGAAAGAAUAGUAAUAGUUGAACCAGGAUUCUAUUUAAUUGCAUUAAUCAAGAAUACUUGCAAAUUGGAUAAUUUAAAUUUUAUCUCUUUAGAGAAUACAAUUAUUCAACAUAUACAAGAACAUUAUUCCUAUUUAAAUCCAAUUAAAAUAUCAAUAGUAGAUAAAUUACCAUUACAUGGUUCAGGCAAAUUAUUAUACCGUGACGUAUUAGAAUUAUUUGGAGAUCUACAAGCAGCAAUUGAUAAAGAUUCAUCAAAUAUAUAA